GCUUGGUUGCAGCGUGGUGCUUGUUGGCGUCGCUGUCAUAAAUCAGACAUCACACAAGAAAGCUCGCCCCCCUCCCAGGUCACGAUGCAGUUUCUGGGCCGUCUUUUGGACACCGUGUCCUCCGUUUCCACCCUGUUCACCAACCCUUACCGUGUGAGGGACGUACAGCUGUCUGACUACGGUGGAGGAGGGAAAACGAUGCUGAGGCAAGAAGGGCGUCUGGUUCUCUAUAAGAACGGCCAGUACCAAUCGUGGGAGUGUGUGCUAAUGUGCCCCGAGACACCUGCAGCGGCCCUGAGGCUUUUCCAGGUGGCGUCAGAAGAGGACGCCAUGAACUGGUUCCCGCAGUACGCCCUUAAACUUCCACCGUUCUACGACACACUCCCGCCGAUGAAGGCCGAGACCGCCCAGACGAUCGUCGACUGCCUGCGUACCCAUCCGGAUUGGAGCGCCGCUCAUAUCGCCGUGGACACGGGCCUCAGGGAGUGUCUGAAACACAACUACGUUCAGAGUCAGAUCAACGCUCGGGACGCACUCGGUCAAACGCCGCUUCACCUGGCGUGCGAGAGAAGCGACGCGGCCUGCGUGAAGGAGCUGCUGGAGGAGAGCCAGGCUCGCACGGAUAUCAGAGACCACCAGGGAGAGACACCCAUGCACAUUGCCGCCAAGCACGAUUCCCCCGGUGUCAUCCAGGUGUUGUGUUCGCGAUUGUGCUCUGGCGUGAACGAGCUGAACAACAGCGGGGAGACGCCGCUGCACGUGUCCUGCCGCCUGGGCCGAGUAGAGGCUGUCAAAGCUCUCUUGGGAGGCGGGGCCAAAUGCGACAUCCGGGGAGGCGUCGGCUACCCCAUCCACUCUGCCAUGAAGUACAACGAGAAGAGCUGUACGGAGGAGAUCCUGAGAGCGGACCCUGCCCAACUGCACGCCGAAGACACCUUGUAUGGAGGUACGCCCCUUCACUGGGCUAAAACAGCAGAGAUGUGUCGCAUGCUGCUGGAAAGGGGCGGCGGCAUCAACUUCCUGAGCAAGACCGGCGAGAGCGCCCUCCACAUUUGCACUAAGAGGGGUCGCUUUGAGGCCGCCAUGGUCCUGCUCACGCACGGCGCCAACGCCAACCUGAAGGGGCAGGACGGCAACACGGCGUUGCACCUCGCCAUGAAGAUGGAUCACAUGGAGUUGAUUAAAGCUCUGAUCGUGUUCGGGGCCGACGUGGAGAUCCACAACGACUUGGGCGAGACGCCGGGACUGAUUGCUGCUCGCACCAGCAAAGGUCCCAAUCGAAAGAUACUGCUGGACAUGCUGUGUAGUGUGGGUGUGCAACGCUGCCUGCCCCCUUCAUCCGGCAGCCCCCCGCCCAAGGCCGCGGCGCCAGGCAUAGGGUUUGAGGACGUCAUGCACAUUGGAGCCACGAUCGCCGCAAUGAGCAGAGGCAAAUCGGAGGUGGACGCUUCCAAGAAGGACAAAAGGAGGAUGGACACUCUUCUGUGUCUGGACGGUGGAGGGAUCAGGGGCCUGGUUCUGAUCCAGAUGCUAAUCGCAUUGGAGAAAGAGGCCCGCCGACCCACCAGGGAGCUCUUCGACUGGGUGGCCGGAACCAGCACCGGAGGCAUUCUGGCCCUCGCUAUCGUCCACGGGAAGUCCAUGGAGUACCUCCGCUGCUUGUACUUUCGAAUGAAGGAGCAAGUGUUCAGGGGCUCACGACCCUACGAAUCGGCCCCACUGGAGGACUUCCUGAAGAAAGAGUUUGGAGAGAACACCAAAAUGGCCGACGUUCAAUACCCCAGGGUGAUGGUGACCAGCGUUCUGGCAGACCGACACCCAGGGGAGCUUCACAUUUUCAGGAACUACGACCCUCCCUCCUUCCGUAGAGAAUCCCCGUACGCCACCACCGCCACUUUCAAGCCACUCACCAUCCCGCAAGGAUGGGAGGAUGAGGAUUUGUUGCUAGUAGGAUACACAGUGCAGCCGGCCACUAAGCGUAGGAAGGUGACAGACGAAGAGCAACUUGUAUGGCGAGCUGCCCGCUCCAGUGGCGCUGCCCCCACUUACUUCCGGCCAAUGGGACGCUUCCUGGACGGAGGGCUGUUGGCCAACAACCCUACGCUCGACGCCAUGUCGGAGAUCCAUCAGCACUACAAAGCGCUCAAAGCAGAGGGCCACGGGGUGGAGAUCAAGAAACUGGGUCUUGUUGUUUCUCUCGGGACCGGUAAACCACCCCAGGUGGCGGUGAGCUCCGUGGACGUUUUCCGACCCUCCAAUCCACUGGAACUAGCCAAAAGCAUUGUUGGAGCGAAGGAGCUGGGCAAGAUGCUGGUGGACUGCUGUACCGACUCUGACGGCUGCGCCGUGGACCGAGCCAGCGCCUGGUGUGAAAUGAUCGACACCAUCUACCACAGAUUGAGCCCACAGCUUUCCCAAGAGGUGAUGUUGGACGAAGUGAGCGACGCCAUUCUGGUUGACAUGCUGUGGGAAACCCAGAUGUACCUGUACGACAAGAGGGAGGUGCUCCAGGCACUCGCCAAAGCGCUAGUAGGCAAUUAGAAGUUAACACAAAACGCUCUUGUGAGUGGAUGCUCCCAAAUGAAGAGCGUUGAGCACUGAAUGUAAACACGGAGAAGGUCUGUGGAUCUAUAAAGGUUGCAAUAAUUUGACUGACAUGCAAGCAAAGCAUCACAUGACCUCUUAUUACAAACCUCUGAAACCCAGCACAGAUAGCCCACUGCGCUCAUAGUUUUGCGUGUUUUUUUUUUUUUUCCCUUCACAUUUACCUCUAGCAUAUACUAUAUAAUAAUAUUAAUGAGUUAAUGAAUAAACACGUACAUAACUUAUUGCAUAUGAUGACAUGUUGAUUAUUCUUUCCCUGCGUAUGUUGUUUCACCCUUUGUUGCACUUUGGUCUCAUUUACCUCUGAUAACAUCAUCCAGAGAAUCUCACACGGGUGCGAUUAUAUGCAGUGGACACAAGCUAUUGACUUCAAGAACUGUUAAAGCUCUGCUUUCAAUUAAAAGCAUUACCUUUGUAAAGAAGGCGACACAGAUUUUGUAUUUGUUGUCAUUAGAUAGUGCCGGUGUACCUAAUAAACGUAAAAAAAAAUAAUACUUGAAAGACAAACUGAAGUGGGAGUAACCAACCUUUACUGUUCAAUUUUGUAUAGUAUUUAUGUAGCACUUAAUGUUCAAUGUCAAAUAAAACUAUUUUUACGCCAUCUGCAAA